AUAAUAGCUGUGACAGAAACAGGAAGUUCCGGUGUAAUUUUAUAAACGCGAACAGAAAAUUUGUUCGUUCGACAUGGUGGUGGGAUCUUUUUUUGUCAGAAAAAAUAAUUAUGCUGGAAACGCCUUUAUGUGCAAAUAUUGAUAUAAUAACCAUCAUAUCAAAGUGAAUUUGGAGUCACGCGAUGAUGUGUGGUGUAGUCAUUCCACUACGACUCUGGAAACCAUGUAGUAUAUUUGGCUUCAGAUGAAAUAAGUUAUGAGCUUCACACGGUGGUGAAAGUGCACGGAGAAUGGCAGCUAAGGUGAAUGGCACUUCAGCUCUGGUUAAAGAGGAUGAGGAGCCCAUGGACAUAACUGUAACACACACAGAGUUCUACCAGACCCUUAUAGACGCAGGCCUUCCACAGAAAGUGGCAGAGAGCCUGGAUAAGAUAUUUCAGACUGGACUGGUGGCUUACACUGACCUGGAUGAGAGAGCCAUUGACGCCCUCAGGGAGUUCAAUGAGGAGGGAGCCCUGUCAGUGUUACUGCAGUUCAAGGAGAGUGACCUGUCACAUGUGCAGAACAAAAGUGCGUUUCUCUGUGGCGUGAUGAAGACAUACAGACAGCGAGAAAAGCAAGGAAGUAAAGUUCAAGAAUCCACAAAGGGACCUGAUGAGACUAAGAUAAAGGCUCUUCUGGAAAGAACAGGUUACACUUUGGAUGUCACCACAGGACAGAGGAAGUAUGGGGGGCCUCCACCUGACGAGGUGUACUCAAGGGCCCAGCCUGGUAUCGGAACAGAGGUAUUUGUCGGCAAGAUCCCCAGGGACCUGUAUGAGGAUGAGCUGGUCCCUCUGUUUGAGAAAGCCGGGCCCAUUUGGGACCUGCGUCUGAUGAUGGACCCCCUUCUCUCGGGUCAGAACAGAGGAUAUGCCUUCAUCACCUUCUGCAAUAAAGAUGCUGCCCUAGAGGCCGUCAAGCUUUGUGAUAAUUAUGAAAUCCGGUCAGGUAAAUACCUGGGUGUCUGCAUCUCUGUCGCAAACAAUCGUCUGUUUGUUGGGUCAAUUCCAAAGAACAAGACAAGAGAAAGCAUAUUGGAAGAUUUCAGCAAAGUCACAGAGGGCCUCAUGGAGGUGAUACUCUACCACCAGCCAGAUGACAAAAAGAAAAAUCGUGGCUUCUGUUUCUUGGAAUACGAGGACCACAAGUCUGCAGCCCAGGCCCGUCGCCGCCUCAUGAGCGGCAAGGUGAAGGUGUGGGGGAACCCUGUUACUGUUGAGUGGGCAGACCCAGUAGACGAACCGGAUCCAGAGAUUAUGGCAAAGGUAAAAGUGCUGUUUGUGAGGAACCUGGCCACACCAGUCACAGAGGAACUCCUGGAGAAAACCUUCUCCCAGUUUGGGAAGUUGGAACGGGUCAAGAAACUGAAAGAUUAUGCCUUUGUGCACUUUGAGGACAGAGAUGCUGCCGUGAAGGCAAUGCAAGAAAUGAACUGCAAAGAAUUGGAAGGUGAGGAGAUAGAGAUUGUUCUGGCAAAGCCUCCGGACAAGAAGAGGAAAGAGCGGCAGGCCCAGAGACAGCCAACCAGGACAACAGGGUAUGAUGAUUACUACUACUACUAUCCUGCUCUACGCAUGCCACCUCCCAUGCGAGGCAGGGGGAGAGGCGGGAGAGGUGGAUAUUCAUACCCACCGGACUACUACGGUUAUGAGGACUACUAUGAUGAUUACUACAGUGGUGGUUACGACUACCAUGACUACAGAGGUGGCUACGACGACCCUUACUACGGUGGUUACGAUGAUGUCUACGCUCCGAGAGGAAGGGGCAGGGUGAAUCGAGGUGCCCCCCCCCCUUCCAGAGGCCGAGGACCACCAGCCCCUCGUGGCAGAGGUGGCUACGUCCAAAGGGGGGCUCCUAUGGGCGUACCGAGGGGGAGCCGUGGGGGCCGGGGAGGCCCGGCCCAGCUGCAGAGGGGCCGCGGCAUCAGAGGGGCCAGGGGGAACCGCGGGGGCAACGUGGGCGGGAAGAGGAAGGCUGACGGUUACAACCAACCGGACUCCAAGCGCCGGCAGACCAACAACCAGAACUGGGGCUCCCAACCCAUUGCCCAGCAACCCCUGCAACAAGGUGGCGACUAUUCUGGUAACUAUGGUUACGAUAAUGACAACCAGGAGUUUUACCAAGAUUCUUAUGGGCAACAAUGGAAGUAGAUAAAAAAAUGAACUUUUGAUUGCCUGUAUGUUAGAGCUGGGCGAUAUGGACAAAAAUCCAUAUCACGAUAAAUUGACCGAAUUAUCACGAUAACUAAAUUGAACGAUAUGUUUAACUUUAAAGGUUCAAUGCAGCCGUUUUUAUCUCAAUAUCAAAUCAUUUCUGGGUAACAAUUAAGUACUAUACUGUGAUUGUUUUCAAUUAAAAUGGUCAAAAAGAAACAAAAAUAGCUUCUUAACAAAGCAAUUUUCAAGCAAGAAUUUUGCUAGGACUGUACGGGAGUGACUGUUAUUGGCAGAGAGAUUUAAAACUUUUUAUUGGUCUAUUAACCAAUUUACAGGCAGGCCAAAACGUUUUACUUUUCAAACAGCUCUUACACUAAAAUGGCAUUAUCAUAAUUUUCCCUGUAUUAUUCCAACUUCAUAGUAUGGAAAUAUUUGUGAAACACAGCCAAAUCACGUUUAUAGACUGCACUGGGCCUUUAAUGUGCACCACAUAUGUUUUGAUAUUACCCUUAAAACUGCUACUACUACUUUGAAUGUUAUACCUAUCAAUUUUCCCGUUAACAGUAACCCAUAUUAGCAAACUUAUUUAAUUUUAAACUAUAUAGGUUAUAUGUCGUAAUCAACGAUAGCAGCAAAAUGUCCACGAUAAGUGGACGGUGUCGAUAAUUUUCAGUUUAUCGUCCCAGCUCUACUGUGUGUAUAUAUCAACCUUCACAUUCUAAGGAAAUAGAAACAAAAAAUGCAUGCGUAAAUUGGCUUAACAUGACCCUUUUUGAAAUAUAGAUUGGUUUCACUACAGUACCAAUAUGGCGCAAAAGAGUACAUAACCUUGCUUAAUUUGUUCUAAUCCAUUUUUGCUUUUCUUGUGGCUACUUGGGACAUUUUGGGCUUAAAAAGCAAGAUUUUAUUAUUUUUAAAAGUAAAUUAUAAUUUGUAUAUUUUUUUAAGCUGGCCUUUAUUGGAAAAAGUGGACAAUCAUUUAAAAAAAAAAAUUAAAAAAAUUUGAGAAAGCAUUUGCAAUCAUGAGAACCAUUCAGUGACUGGCCACCAACCCCUUCCCAGACCCCCCCUCCUUAUUGGACAUUUUCCUCCCAGAUUUCUGAUAGGUAGACAUAGGACAUUGCUUGUACAAGGCUUUAAAGUGAGAGCUGUUGCAGAGGUGGGUAAAAAAGGAAAAUUUCACUUUUUCAUGUACCGUAACAGUUGCGUUAAAGUUGUAUGUUUAGCAUUUGUAGAAGUAGACAAACUGUUUUUCUAAAUGUGUUACUACAACUUCAACUAUUUUCUCUCAAAUUUCCCCUUUUAGAUAAUGGGUCUGGCAAAACCUUAAUCGCCAAGACAAUUUGUUCUUUGUUGUGUUUGUAUUUAUAAAAAUGUUAUUGUUACCUUUCAAUAAAACUCAACCAUACUUCAA